GCUGCCUGUCACUUUUUACCACAUGUGCUUGAUAAUUUGAGGUUAGAUUAGCGUCAAAAUAAGACGAACUGGAAUGUUUAUUUAUUUUUUUCAUAUUCUAAACUUUUAAAAUAUGUCACGACCAGAAUAUUUAGCACCACCUGAAAUAUUUUAUAACGAAGAUGAAGCGAGGAAGUAUACGCAAAACUCACGUAUUAUCGAUAUUCAAGUUCAAAUGUGCGAGAGAGCGAUAGAAUUGUUAGUUCUUCCAGAAGAUAGUCCGUGUUACCUUUUAGAUAUUGGCUGUGGGUCAGGCCUUAGUGGAAGUGUCUUGGAGGAUCAGGGACACUAUUGGGUAGGCCUAGAUAUAGCCACAGCUAUGUUGGAUAUAGCAGGAGAAAGAGAAGUAGAAGGAGAUUUAAUGUUAGCUGAUAUGGGACAGGGAUGUCCUUUUAGAGCAGGUGCUUUUGAUGGUGCAGUGAGUAUAUCUGCUCUUCAAUGGUUGUGUAAUGCAGACAAAUCUUUUCACAAACCUGUACAAAGAUUGUAUAAAUUUUUUAGUACACUGUAUGCAUGUCUGAGUCGAUCAGCAAGAGCAGUUUUCCAAUUUUACCCUGAAAAUAGUGAACAGAUGGAGCUGGUAACCACGCAGGCCAUGAAGGCAGGUUUUUAUGGAGGUGUAGUAGUAGAUUAUCCAAAUAGUACUAAAGCGAAAAAGUUCUUUUUGGUAUUGAUGACAGGAGGUAGCGUUCCCUUACCGAAAGGUCUCGGAACUGGAGAAGAUUCACAAGGCGUUUCUUACACAUCGAAAAGAGAAAGACUGAAGCAACAAAGGGGAAAACCUUUAAAAAGUAGCAAACGUUGGAUUUUAGAGAAAAAAGAACGAAGGAAAAGACAAGGCAAAGAUGUUCGGCCGAAUUCUAAAUAUACAGGGAGGAAAAGAAGCGGCAAAUUCUAAUUUUCUAAAUUUGUUUUUCAUAAAAAUUGUUUAUUGGCUAAAUAAAAAAAAUAUUAGACCUAAAAACAAUGCAAAAGAUAUGUUCAUUUUUGAUUGUUUCUUUUUAUAAGAGAUUUUUUAAGAAAAGUUGGACAAUAAAAUAACCCUUUAUGUGUUCCUAACUUUUUAAUUCUUAGUUUUACUAAACAUUUGUAGCAUUUCAGCUAAAAUAUAACUCUGGUACAUAUGUUUAUUUUGGACUGGAAAAUAUAGGAUACCUACAAGAAGAAAGAAAAUCAAAUAUAGAAAUCUACAAAUCUCAUUUAAUGGGCGGGGAUUUCUCGAAAGAAAAC